AUGCUGAUAUUUUUCCUAGUUUUUCUAUUUUCCAGUUUACUGGAAGUGACGGUUUCCAUUAGGAUUCAAUUAUCAACCGGCCAAAUCGAGGGAAAACAUCUGAAUGCGACAUAUUCUCCACUUGGAAAUCAGUCUGCAAUCGUGUUCUUCGGUGUUCCAUACGUGGAACCUCCAAUUGGAGAAUUGCGAUUCAGAAAGCCACGUCCGCCGGUACCAUGGGAUGGGAUUCUGGAGACGAAAGAGUAUAAACCAGCGUGUAUGAGCAAUAUGACAAAAACCUACAAAAAUGACAUUGGCGGCCCGAUAUCUGAAGACUGUCUGUAUGCAAAUGUGUUCACGAAUCAGUAUUGUUUGAACGCGAAGAAUUGCUCUGUAAUGAUUGCUAUCCAUGGUGGUGGUUACUUAUUCGAAUCUUCAUCUGCCUUCAACCCACAGAUUCUGAUAAACAAUUUCGUAGGACAAGGCAGAAAUAUAGUGGUUGUUGCAAUCAACUAUCGAUUAGGAGUAUUUGGAUUUGGCCACUUUGCUGGAGAUGUUGGAGAGAAGAAUUUGGGUCUUUUUGACAUAAUGGCUGCUGUGAAUUGGGUUCGUAAAGAAAUCAAAAGUUUCGGAGGAAACAAAGAUAGGAUCACUCUACUGGGACACUCUGCGGGUGCUGGAUUGGUUACGUCGUUCUCAAACUCCCCGUUAACCAAAGGAUUGAUUCACCAACAAGCUAUAAUGAGUGGUCCAUUGUCGAAUGUUUCCAAACAGUCGAAUUACAAAGCAACUACAAAAGUGGCCCAGAUUGUUGGGUGUCUGGAUGAAAAGUUUGGGUUCGAGUGGUUGGAAAAGAGUCAGAUUGAGGAGACCUACACCUGCCUCCGCUCCAAAUCUGCCCAAGAACUCCUUGACGCUGAACUUUAUGUCAUGGAGAACACCACGUACUACUUCGGAGCCCCUCAUGUUGACGGAGAGUUUAUUGUUGAUUACCCCGAAAAAUUGUUUGAGAAGAAAAACUCAAUCUUUCCAAUUAACACACUUCUCGGAACCACCACCGCGGAACUCAGGGAUACCAUAUACAUAACUGACCCGAAAAAUGCUCAUCUGAAAGAGCACCUGUUGAACAAUAUUUGUGAGCAUGUCGCCUAUGAGAUUUACUCAGAACCGGAGAAGUUUGUGGAAAAGUGUGUGAGCUAUUACCAAGAUGGAGACCAUGCUCAGUUUCUGUCGGAUGACAUGGAAUUCUACUCAAGAGCCAUCAGUGUUGCAAACGUUCAUGUCAGCAAGGACACCAAGGUUUAUAUGUAUAGUUAUGCAUACAGUGGAGCUGGUCCCGCCUUCAACAAGUAUCUCGACGUGCCUUCCCCUCAUCACUCGGAAGAUUUGAUCUACAUUUUUGGAACUCAUCGAGGAGUAAUGCAACCGAAAGAUUAUAUCAUUGAGAAGUUUUAUAGUGGAAUAUUCGCGGAUUUCAUCAAUUUUGAGGAUCCAUCUCCAUCGAAAGAGCAACCAUGGUUACAGUAUACACCAGAGAAGAGGGAAUAUUUUGUGAUAGAUUUUGAUGAGAACUUUACAAUGCCAGGGAUGAGAGAGAACUAUUAUGCAGAUGCUUUAAAGUUUUGGAGCACCGCUGGCACCAAAACCUUCAGUGAAAACUGGUCCCCCUCCUUCGACACUUUUAUUAUAACCAAUGUUAUCGGCCCAAUUGUUGGCAACCUUACAAGAAUCUCCGUUGACGUCGAUAAACCUUUAGAAUUGACAGACGAAUUGUUCGUUGAACGAGAAAAGUUUUUGCAAAAACUGAAAUCGGAGAAGAACGUUGAAAUGGGGGAAAUUAAAACUCGCGCCGGAAAUGGGAAUGGAGGAAAAAGAGCUGUGGCAAGAAAAUUGGAAUGGGUGGAGAGAGAUUUGGGAAGUGCAGAAGAAAAAGAAGGUGGCGGUGGAAUUAACAUCCUCCUAAUAAUCUUCGCUGGAACCCUCAUCGGCGGCAUUCUCUACGUAUCAAUAUCUCAUUUCUGUCUACACCAUCGAUCUCGUGAAGGCUAUCAACUCUUGAAAUGA